AAAGCCGUGGGGGUGGGGAGCGGUCGCUUAAAGCUGGAAGAGAAAAAUCGCGUGAGCGGUGUGGAAGUUCCUCAGGGGCGUUUUGCAUAGGCGUAAGGUCUUGAUAAGUUUUGGAAGCUUGCUUCUGCAGCGUGUGUUGUUCCUAAACGUUAAUUUGCUGCCUUUUACGGGGCAGAAUUGCUUGUUCAGAUGAAGUACAUGCAGCGGUGAGGUAGACAACUGAUGGAACGUUCUGCUAGGAAAACUGUUCUUACAAGGUAGUUUGCUCAGAUUAGACUGAGAUCCAUACAAAAAAAUCUGUCAAUCAACAGUGACUGGGAACACUUGAGAACUCCUGAAUGAUUGAUUGAGGCCUCGGAAGGAAAGCGUUAGGACUUUACAUUUUGCAGUCAGUUCUGUUAAGCAGCUAUGGAAAUAGAAAAGGAGCACGUCUAUGUUAACCCAACAGAGCUUGAGAAUCUAAGUGAUGCUCCAUUUUCCGGUGAUGAAGAAAAUGGUGGGUCUGAGGAACGGAAGACUGAAAUCAAUGGAAAUUGGAUUCCUGCAACUUCAAUUACUGAAGCCAAAAUAAAUGCUAAAGCAAAGAGACGGUUGAGGAAAAAUUCUUCUAGAGAUUCUGGGAGAGGAGACUCUGUGAGUGACAAUGGAGAGACACUGAAGACUGGAGUUGUUGUACCAACGAGCCCAAAGGGGAAACUCCUGGACAGGCGAUCCCGGUCUGGAAAGGGAAGGGGUCUACCAAAGAAAGGUGGAGCAGGUGGUAAAGGAGUUUGGGGAACACCAGGUCAAGUGUAUGAUGUGGAAGAAGUAGAUAUUAAGGAUCCAAAUUACGAUGAUGACCAGGAGAACUGCGUCUAUGAAACAGUAGUUUUACCUCUGGAUGAAAGAGCAUUUGAAAAAACUUUAACUCCAAUCAUACAGGAAUAUUUUGAACAUGGAGAUACUAACGAAGUUUCGGAGAUGCUGAAGGAUUUAAACCUUGGUGAAAUGAAAUACAGUGUGCCGGUGCUGGCUGUUUCCUUGGCAUUAGAGGGGAAAGCUAGUCACAGGGAAAUGACAUCUAAGCUUAUCUCUGACCUUUGCGGGACGGUAGUAAGCAAAACUGAUGUGGAAAAAUCGUUUGAUAGACUGCUUAAGGAGCUACCUGAAUUGGUGUUGGAUUCUCCUAGGGCGCCACAGUUGGUGGGCCAGUUUAUUGCUAGAGCUGUUGGAGAUGGGAUUCUAAGCAAUACCUACAUAGAUGGCUACAAAGGCACUGUGGAUUGCGUCCAAGCUCGAGCUGCGCUGGACCGGGCUACUGUGUUGCUGAGUAUGACAAAGGGUGGAAAGCGUAUAGACAACGUGUGGGGGUCAGGAGGUGGCCAGCAGUCUGUGAAGCACCUUGUUAAAGAGAUUGAUAUGUUGCUGAAAGAGUAUUUGCUUUCCGGAGACGUACUGGAAGCUGAACGUUGCCUUCAGGAACUGGAAGUACCCCACUUUCACCAUGAACUUGUGUAUGAAGCCAUUGUGAUGGUUUUGGAGUCAACUGGAGAAAAGACCUUUAAAAUGAUACUGGAUUUGCUGAAGUCUCUCUGGAGGUCUUCUGUCAUUACUGUGGACCAAAUGAAAAGAGGUUAUGAAAGAGUUUACUCUGAGAUCCCAGAUAUUAACCUGGAUGUGCCACACUCCUAUUCUGUGCUUGAGCGGUUUGUAGAGGAAUGCUUUCAGGCUGGAAUAGUCUCCAAACCACUGAGAGACCUCUGUCCUUCAAGGGGCAGAAAGCGUUUUGUGAGUGAAGGAGAUGGAGGUCGUCUUAAGCUGGAAAGCUACUGACUGUGAGAGCCAGCUCCUGAAGCCUUAAAAGUUUAAAGGGAAAAAUAGAUAAGAUACCUAUAUAUAUACAAACACGCAUGCUUUUUUGUUGUGUGUAUGUAUAUAUGUAUACACAUAUAUGCCAAGAUUUUAAAAGUU